GUACAACAUCCCAGCAAGCUGCGAUAGUCCCCUGGUUCAUUCUUUCUCGACGCCAGACCAACCUCCACUCUUUGCUUUCGUUUCGUUUUCUUUUCUUCGGAUUCCCCAGGAAUAAGCCUUUACAGCCAUGCAGGCUUUCCGUCGUAAUACUCUUUCUGCCCUGCAGAAUGCUACCAAGCAGCGCCGAACCUACAUCGGUGCCAGCUCAGCAUAUUCAUCAACAAUCGGCAACCUCCGUAUAAACUCUGAGACUCGUGUCAUUUUCCAGGGUUUUACGGGUAAACAAGGAACUUUCCAUGCUGAGCAAGCCAUAGCAUACGGCACCAAGGUUGUUGGCGGAACGAAUCCCAAGAAAGCCGGAACUACACAUUUGGACCGACCUGUUUUCGCUACAGUGAGCGAUGCUGUGAAAGAGACUGGUGCUACUGCAUCCGCCAUCUUCGUCCCCCCACCGCUGGCCGCUGCGGGUAUCGAAGAGGCCAUUGCUGCUGAAAUCCCUCUCGUUGUUUGCAUUACUGAGGGUAUUCCUCAACAUGACAUGGUGCGCAUCACCGAUAUCUUGAAGACCCAAAACAAGACACGACUGGUCGGCCCCAACUGUCCCGGUAUCAUUGCUCCUGGUCAAUGCAAAAUCGGUAUCAUGCCUGGUUUCAUUCACAAGCGCGGACGUAUUGGUAUCGUCUCUCGUUCCGGUACUUUGACCUACGAAGCUGUCAACCAGACCACUCAUGCUGGCUUGGGUCAAUCUCUCGUCGUUGGUAUUGGCGGUGACCCCUUCUCCGGAACAAACUUCAUUGACUGCCUGAGGGUCUUCCUCGAAGAUGAGGAGACCGAUGGUAUUAUCAUGAUUGGUGAAAUCGGUGGUAGCGCUGAGGAGGAUGCUGCUGAGUUCCUGAAAUCAGAGAACAAGCAGAACAAGCCUACUGUGAGCUUCAUUGCCGGUAUCAGUGCUCCUCCUGGCCGCCGAAUGGGUCACGCUGGUGCUAUUGUCAGCGGUGGUAAAGGUGGUGCCGACUCCAAGAUCUCUGCUCUCGAAGCUGCCGGCGUUAUCGUUGAGCGAAGCCCUGCUCACCUUGGUAAGGCUCUUCGGGACGAGUUUGUGAGACGUGAUCUACUUUAAAGUGGUGCUAUGGUUUGAGGACAUUGUGCCGUCCUUUUCGUCUACAAUCAUUACGAGUUGGAGCUGAAAGAUUUACAUGUCCUGGUAGAUACGAUGAGUGGUUGUACUUUGUUCCAUUUGUGUGUUGAUACUUGAUAGUUCAUAUCCCGAUAGAUGUGCGUUUUACCUAAUGAGACCUCUGUUUUGAGACAACAGG